AUGCAGCUCAAAAACUUCUCAGGGCAGCCGCAGGAGGUGGCCCUCACGGUGCAGGACGCGCGCGGCUUCGUCUUCAGCGGCGACAAGGCGCAGACCCUCGCGCUCCCGCCGCGCGGCGAGGCGCGCGUGGCGUGGCAGCUCGUCGCGCACGCGGCCGGGGAGCUGCCGCUGCCGUCGGUGCGGGUGGCGGCGCCGCGGGCGGGGGCGCAGGUGGUCACGCAGAGCUCUCUUGUACACGUGCUGCCGUUUUGA